CCCGAACGGAAAGGCCCCCCGUCUCCUAAUGAACUCAAAAUUGAAGGCCAUUUACAAGGAAUGGUUCAUUCAAAAUAGAUCUUUAUGGAAAAAAGUCUUCAAAGCAACCUUAGGUUAUGAAAUCUGCAGUAUCCUAUGUCUUAUCCCGAAAGUUUCAGCAGCUAUGGGCGCCGUCUCGUAUCUGCUUCCUCUGGGCUCGCUAUUCUUCCAUGCGGGCACCACCAUAGGAUGUCAGAUAGAACAGAUCUGGUUGAACUUUUGCAUGAUGGUGAUGUCUGCCCUAUGGUGUGGCAUCAUAGGGUAUUUGAUUACCUUGUACAAUCGGGCUCGAAUAAUCUACGGUGUUCCACUAUACGAUAAUGGUGGUUCUGUUAUAGCAGCUAUCGCAUACUUCACAGCUAUUUUUGUCAUAGCAUACUAUCGUCUCAAGUACCCGAGAUUGUUUACGCCUUCACUACAAGCAUUCGUAUUGGUCUUCUUCACCUUGACAAAACAGCUAGAUGCCACCUCUUAUAACAUUAUGAUGCUAUUCACCAUCAUAUAUCCCACACUACUUGGAGGCGUAAUUGCGUUAGUUGUCAAUCUCUUCAUCUGGCCGGAAACAGCAGCAAAGGCCUUUGAGGAGUCGCUGUACAAUGCCUUCUACUCAACGAGGACGGCUUUAACUUCGAUUCAACAAGAGUUUAUGCUUGAGGAAGUUUCAGAAAACACCUCUUCAGGUAUCACCGCUAUGAAGGAAGCAAAAGUCAAAUUGCAAGGCGAUAUGAGUAGUCUUCGGAAAGCCGCAUCGGAGGCGAAAUACGAGUUGGUGGUGUCCCAUUAUUCGGCUGCAUGGUACAAAUCCACAACGGAAUCACUGGAAAAAAUAGCCUCUAUUCUGGCUAGCACAACUCUAGCUGUGGAACAAGAAAGAAAAUUAAUUGUUACUAGCAAAAUUGCCUCUCAACUCGGUGCUGCUCGCUCGAAUGACAGACAUCUAGGAGUUCCAGCUACGAUUUUAACAAUAGAUUCCGAAGAUCCACUACGUGAGCAACAUCUUCGGCGUCGUCGAUCUGCAGCAAGUAGAGAGUACUUGACACAUUCCAAUUCGCCGUACUCGACAGUGCAGAGAAUAGAUUACAAGCUUCUCCCUGUUAUUCAACAGUCGAUUAGCCCUCACAUCAAUGCCUUCUUGUUAGUGUGCUGCAAAUGCUUCUGCGCCAUUCAAUAUCGGAUGACCAAAAGAAAAGUAUUCUCGUCUCAUGCAGAGCUUAUGGAUUAUGUCGAGGACGAUCAAUCACUAUCAUCAUGUACUUCGAAUGGUCUUCAACAGUUGAUGUCGACAGCGCUGGACGAAUUCAAAAAAGUUGAAGCUAUCAUCCAAGACGGCAUAGACAAACAUAACACUCACCCCAGGGAAGAGCAUUACCUGGUGUAUACCUUGGUAUUUACUCUGUUGGAAUGUGGUCACGAAAUAUUGAAACUGGAUCAAUACACGAAGGAGCUGGUUUCAAAAAGAACAAAGUAUCCAAGGAUCUGGAUGCCUAAAGUUACGUUUAAGAAGCUAUUAACUAAAACCAGCCGACUUGCCAAAGGAAGUACGUCUCCUGCCACGCAAGCCAUCAUGGAAAAUCAAGACAUCGUCGUAUUACCAGAUAUGCGACGAACAGCAUCCCGGAUGCGCCAAGAUCCAGAGACUGUGAUUACAGAGAAAGAUGAUGAUCUGGACGACGUUGAAACUGUUUAUGAAGUACCUCUCCAAAAUGCCCCUGGACGAUACUGGUGGAAUAGAGCCAUGUUGUCGCUAACUAGAUGGUUUCAGUAUGGUCCAACACAAUAUGCAAUGAAGUUUGCUAUUUCCAUGGAAAUACUUGCUCUUCCAGCUUGGUUACCAAUUCCUGGCCUUAACGCAUGGUACAACUAUAAUCAUGGACAAUGGGCUUUACUUUCCGGUAUGGUCAUUAGCAAUUUCACCAUAGGAUCCACGCUAGUUCAGUCUUUCUAUCGAACAGUCGCUACUAUCAUCGGUGCUGUAUGGGGUUUUAUAGCUCUUCUAGCAGCAGAUCGAACCAAUCCAUACGUUUUGUCUGUUAUGGUUCUCAUCUUUGCUGGUCCAUUCUGGUUUAUUUUUCUGGGAAGCAAAUAUCCGAGAAUUGGAUUAAUAUCUCUUCUCACAUUGGUUGUCGUUGUCAAUACUGGUUAUUCAGACCCCUACAACGAGUCAACAUUUGAAGUUGUCUGGAAACGAACCGUUACCGCCAUCGUCGCUGUGUUCGUGGUCAUGAUCAUCAAUUAUCUUUUCUGGCCGAUGUGGGCGCGAGAAGAAAUGCGCAAGCAAUUGGCCGUGCUGAUCAUGGAUACCGGUAUCUAUUACUUCCAAGUUGCUUCUUUAGCUUGCCAUGACAAUACGACAUCGAAAAGAUGGCAAAUAACCUUCGAAGAAACGGAAAUAGCUUCAAAAAAUCUUCGAAAGCGACUAGAUACAGUUGGAGAGCUCUUUAAUUUGAGUGCAAGUGAACCUCGAUUAACAAAAGCACCAUUUCCACGCGAUAUUUACGCUUCUAUCAUCGACCACGAACGAAACAUCUUAUUUUGGAUAUCUCAUAUGAAGCGAUCUCAAACAUUUAUAUCUGAAGGAAUUAGGGAUAAAAUCAUGACUCAAAUCAAUCCGUAUCGAAGAGAGAUGGCUGCCGCUGUCCAUCUAUACCUUUUUACGCUUGCAGGAUCAUUGCGCAACAAGGCUGCGUUACCAGCUUCACUUCCUUCUGCUGAAGUGGCUAGACAGCACCUGCAAGAGCAUCUAGCGGAUAUUUGGCUGCAAUUACAGAAAGGACAGACCCUUGAAGAGGAGGAUGUGGAGGACAUUUCAAAUGCCACUUCGAAGCCGGCCAUAUCUGGAGCUCUACCUUAUGGGGAGAGUCAGAUGUAUUGGCAGUCAUAUGCUGCUGGACCAGUACAGGUUGUGGUAGAACAGGAAACGAUGGGAGAAUUGAUCAUAAAACUUAUGGGACAACAUGUAUUUAGAGUUGCUGAGAAGAACUGGGCAAGGAUAUAGAAAGCUCGUUUUUGUCAUUGCAUAUUUUCAAUCACCUUUGCAUCAAUAAACUCAAAAGCCUACCAAAUCAUCCAACCGUC